UGUGAACCCAAAUUGUGAAAAACCUACUUCUCUCUCUCUCUCUCUCUCCGACACAGGUGAGUGGCGCGCGAUGGCUUCGCCGACGCCGAGGAAUUCCGCCGGCAGCAGGGAUCCAGCGAAGGCGUUGACUUUCCUAUCUUCAAACUUCGUAGACAACGUGAAGAAGAACAAGCACGAUUUCUUCCAGUUCAUCGCCGUGACCGGAAUCCUGCUCAUGAGCUGCCAAUCGCUGAGUCAGAAGCACCUCGUCCACGAUCUCGAGGAGGACACGGAGGCUCUCAGGCAGGAGCGAGACUCUCUCGCGGAGCGUAUGAGGCAUAUCAAGGGCAGCCUCCUCCGUGAAGCGUCGAUCGAUUCCACCGGUGCCUUCGCUGCUCGUCUCCGUCAACUCUUCGGUGGCGAUGAUCAGUGACCGGUGACUCGAUUCAGUCUUCCAGGUUAAAGAUUUCUUUUCUCUGGCGUCGAUUUUGUGGUAUGUCAGACAUGGAUUGCUCUAGUUCGUGAGCCGUUUCGAUAGAUCCAUGCCUCUAUUGGAUUAGCAAACUAUCACGAAAUCGAUGGACCUUGUACUUCUCUCGAGAGUAGGGUUCUACAGAAUAAGUAGGGUUUUGGGUUUGCGAAUUGGGAAUGACUGAUGGAUUUGAACGUUUAAAACUAUGCUUCAUCGAAAUUUUCCUA